AUGUCAGGCUCUGAUUGUUCCACUAGUGAAGAGGACUUUGAGCCUGUAUUACCAGGGUUUACCUCUAGAGUGGCUGACUACGAGCCUAUGUUAAAGCAGCAUCGAACCGACGGGGGUGAGGAGGCAGUCGACCAAAAAGAUUCAUCAAUACAUCCGACCCCUGCUUCCGAAAAAGUAGCCACUUCGCUCACAGACGACAAGGAGGUUGCGGAGAUAACUACGGUGACAGAGGUCGAUAUCGAGAAGUUGUUGUGGGAUUCCUAUUCUCAGCAUGACCUUCCCACUUCCGAGCUCUACGAACGCAGCUUUCUUCAUGACAGUGAUGAAGCCGGAACGCAAAUAACCCACACAGGGAAUGAAGCCGCAGGACCAGCUGCCGGGGCCGGUACAGUAGCCAUAAGAGAUGUUGCGGCGAUGACGGAUGCACUCGGGGGCUUGAUUUUUUCGAUAGAUUCCAAGGGAACCAUUCGCGUCUGGAGAAAGCUUCCAUGUGGCGUGCUUUUUAUGGGCAGCUUAGGAAAUUUAUUUCAUUCUGUGAUGCCGAAAAAGACCUGUGAAGCGUCGGUGGGUCAUUCUACUGACGAGGACGCUCAGACAAGGGAUGUGUAUCAUUACUUUAUUCGCACUGACUCUGAUAUGCAGUGGCUCUUUUUCAUCCAAGUCGUCGAACACCACGAUUUCUUGGCUUUGUCUCAUAAAGACAACAAUGCAGUUCCUACCAUAGGGAUUAGGGUCACCUUACUUUCGGUCAAUCCAACAACACUUAGGGUUGAAUACCAAAACCAGGCUCGCUUUGAGGUUCCUGCGGUUUGCAUGCGCCUCGGGGAUAUGAAAUUGCACUCCACGGGGGAGGGGCAGGGCACGUCUUCUGGGGUGAUUGUACCGCAGUAUACAAGGCAACCGUUUUUAUUACAGCAUCAACACGAGCCUCACCUCACCUUUUUCACAAAGCGGAUACCUGAGGCGGCGCAUCAUCUUAACGGAGGGGGUGGCGAUGAUAUUGGUGUUAUCUUAAUUCCGUGUGCACCUCCCAGAGUGCUCAAAACCGGUGGGGGAGGCCACUGUCAGGUUUAUAUGCCUGCUAAAAUAAGCGUUGCGAAUCUUAUAAGCUGCUGUGCGCAGCAGCGGCAUCCUCCAGCAAGUGGGCGAAGUGGGGGUCCAGGAGCCUCCGGAAGCUACCCUGUUGUUUUGGUGGAUGACCGCGGCAUUAUCGACUACGCCGUAAUUUCCGAGGUGAGCAAUACCGAUGAUGAAGUAUUGAGGAGUUAUGAAGGUACUGCUCACGCUAAACUCACACUUAAGAUUAUUGGUGGUUUGUCGAUGGGGCGCGCGGCAGGGCCAAAUUCUCCGGAUGCAAGUCUGGCAAAACGAUGGGUUAACUUUGAUAGUCGUCAGCGCACAAAUUUUUUUGCGCUCUUGCGCGACGCACAAGCCCACAGGAAGAAAAAGAUAGCGGAAUGCACGGCUGAAGCUUCCAUUAAAGUUGGCGAAAAGCCGAACAGUGGGGAAAAGGUCAAAGACAGUAUCGUCACCGUAGGCGUAAUGCCCUUAAAAGUAGAACUGAUCUCCAAUGGCAGGUAUUUUGUGAUUCUCAGCGUUCGCUGGACUGCGGUGCCCAUCGCCGCGUUUGCCACUAACAACUUGGGGUCAACCCCAAUCCUACCGAAGUGGUAUCGAAUCGAAUUCGAGCAGUGUCUUCAUAUUUUUCAUUUUGCCACCGGUAUUUGUGCUGGUAGACAUAGCCAAUGGGUUUGUGCGGCGCGUUUAAUCUUAGGCUCCGAUCCUCAAUCUGGACUCGUACCAUAUAUGGAUGCCCUUACACACCAAUCGGCGAUGGAGCUUAGUGUAGUGGACUCCCCGAAUGCCUUUUUGGCUCCCGAAGGAUGGACCGCUGGGGCGAACACGCACACGUGCCCCUCUGUGAAGUUUAACCACACACCAACAAUGGCUCCCUGCGUUUACCUAUGGGUGCCGGAAUUCUUUUUGCCCAACCUCAUGGGCCUGUUUGAUGAGAUAGCGCCGGAUCAAAGGGUGACGAUUGGUCAGAAAACCCACACCAUGGAGAAUAGGAUCUACGGGCGGCAAGUGGGGAUAUUUCAAGCAUCUUUUUACCGCACCCAGGCUAUGUCCGCAUCGCGAUCGGCGGUGAUGGCGCGUAUUAUUCGCCUACCUCGGGGCAUUGGCGAAUUGGAGUGCGCCAUACGUGAUGCGGGACCCGGAACACGCGCUACCCCUGAGGUGGCGUCUGGCCUCGUUGACUGUGAACUCAGUGAAAGGCUCCUCAGGACAGGGACAGGGGGCUUUCACGCCCCCUGCGUCCUUCUUCGCAGGGCGGUGGCCCCAUCACAGGACCUGAAGAAUCUUCUAAUUCAGUCCCAUGUCGGCUCGAGGCUCGCGCCGGAGGAAAUUAAACGUCUUCUUAGCGCACCAAGUCGGCCGAUACCGCAACCCCGCGACGGCGACCAGGUUCAAAGUUUUCAGGAAGAAGAAAGUCCUAUGGCCUCGGUGUACCCCCUUUUGAUUACGAUUUCUUUCCCAUCUUUAGUGGCUCCCGCGUCUUCUGUAGGAUCGUGCUUGCCAAACGAGGGUUCUGCUUUUGCAUUGCUGAUUUAUACAGCCAUGGUGGAUCCCGUUAUAGUGUAUGAACUCAAGCUCGACCUAGCAGACCUUACACGGACAUCCAGGACAGAGGCUGACAACGCGACACCUUUAGAGAUAAACUUAAAAGGGACUAGUGAGGGACCGCAGUGCGCUGUUCAAGCAACUUUGAUCGAUGAGCAGACCAGUUCUCAGAGGAUUGAGGAUCGCUGGCAGGCCGCCCUUCUAAAGCUUCAUCGGCAGCGUGACUUUAAUUGUGCGGAGCUCCUGGGCAGGCAGAGCGAUUCCAAUCAUCUGUGUAGUAAUUCCGUCGAGAUCCCGAAGCAUUUUACAGAAUCAUCAAAUAGUCUGCUCUUGAAGGAUACCGAGCAAGAGGAAACAGACAUUGGGAAGGAUUUUAUGAAAGAGAAGGGGGUUUCCGAAGAACCGUUGGUAUGCGAUGAGGAAAAAGAAGUGGAAAAACUACAAAUGCUACUCAAAGCUACGAGACCUGAUCUCCUUCUUGCCAAGGAGCACUCAGAUCACGCGGUUUUGAAGAAUAUAUCCCAUUUACAGCAUGCACUGGUGCAUGUCCAUGGGUACGGUACUAUUUACGUUCGUCUGCUUCCGCAACUUGCACCGCUAGCAGUUGAAAGGCUUUAUCGUUUAGCGCUACGUGGGGACUAUAAUAAGACUCUUUUUCAUCGCAUCGUUCCAACAGCCAUUGUUCAGGGGGGGCACCUUAAACGAAAUGAGACCGUCAGAGAAAAUGAUUUGGAAGGUGAAAAGUUCUCUUCGGAUGAAGACGCACUAAGUUUUCCAUUCUUUUCACAUACACAAAGCUUCGUAUGGUUGUGUAUGCCCAAUAUAAAAGAGGGCACAAAUGCAUCGCAGUUCUUUUUCACGGUGCCAAACGCUCCUGAGAUGCAGAGCCUGAACGGCUGUCAUACGGUGUUGGGACUUGUCGUUGACGGAAAGGAACUCAUUGCGCAGAUUAGUCAAACUCCUCUUAACGAAGAAAAUGGUAUGCCAUUGACCGAUAUCGUUAUUGAGCGUGUUGAUGUGUUUUAA